CAGUAGUUUUAGAUUUGAACUUUUACUUUUCAAGAUCUUUUGAAAAUUUUAAGGGGAUCUAGCUAGGAGAGUGCCAUGCUACAUAUUUCAAAGUGAAUAGCUCUCAAUAAAGGCAUCUAAUUUUCAAGAAAAAGGUAGAAGAAAAGAUAUGGUGCUUAUAUUACUGCAACUGCCAGUUCCUUUUUAUUACUCCCUUCUCAUCAUUUCCAUUUGCAAACUUCAAAACCAGCCACAUGAAAUUAAACCUUUAAACACCAUGUAAUUAACACCCCCCAAAACCCUCAUUCUUGAAAUACGUAACAAUUUUCUUUGACAAAAGCCGAGAGUGAAAAGAAAAAAGAACACCCUUUAUUCCUUUUUGCCUAAAGUUGAUUUCUUUUGCAUGGAUAGGGUGGUGGGUAAUCAAAGUGGAGGAAGUAACAUGUUGAGGGAGUACAGAAAAGGGAAUUGGACAGUUGAAGAAACUAUGGUUUUAAUAGAAGCAAAGAAGAUGGAUGAUGAAAGGAGAAUGAAAAGGCAAGGGGAGGGUACUAGUACUGAAAUUAGGGGAAAUAAACCAGGAGAACUAAGGUGGAAAUGGGUGGAGGAUUAUUGUUGGAAAAUGGGGUGUUUGAGGAGCCAAAAUCAGUGCAAUGACAAGUGGGAUAAUCUCAUGAGGGUUUUCAAGAAAGUGAGGGAAUAUGAAAGAAGAGUGGCUGAGAAAGGAGAUGAUGGUAAUAAUAAUAAUAAUAAUAAUCAAGAAAUAAUUAUCAAGUCAUAUUGGAAGAUUGAGAGGAGUGAAAGGAAAGAGAAGAAUUUGCCAACUAAUAUGUUGCCUGAGAUUUAUGAGGCAUUGGUUCAAGUUGUGGACAGAAAAUGUACUCAAAAAUUGCUAGUGGGUGGUGGUGGUGGUACUUCUGCUGCUGCUGCUCCUUUAAAUCAAAGCACAAGUUUGACUAAUUCUUUGUCUCCCACAUUGCAACAACAAUCUUUUCAAGCUCAAAUUGCAGCUUUGCCACUUCCACCACCACCAACAUUGUCACCACCAGCAGUAGUAGCACAACAAUCAGCUCAGCCACCUAGUCUUCCUUACACUCGACCUUUACCUGCAAUGUGUGAUAGCUCAGAUCCUGAUAGAAGUGAGCAUUCAGAUUCACCAGCCAAGAGAAGAAGAAAGGGUGAAGGAGAAGGAACAAGUAGUGGUAAUAACAACAACAUAAACAAUUUGCAAGAAGUUGGCUCUGCUAUCUUCAAAAGUGCUGCUAUUAUAGCAGAAACAAUUCAAGCUUCUGAAGAGAGAGAGGAGAGAAGGCACAGAGAACUCUUAAGCUUGCAUGAGAGAAGGCUGCAAAUUGAGGAAUCAAAAGCUGAGAUCAAUAGACAAGGCAUCAACGGACUUGUUGAUUCUAUUAAUAGACUUGCCAAUUCAAUCCUUUCUUUAGCUGGCAAUAAGAACCAAGCUGCUCCCCCUAAAUAGCUACCUAGUAUUACAGUAAUUCUUUUCCGGGCAGCCUUGUGCACUAAGUUUCCGCCAUGCACGGGUCCAGGGAAGGGCCGGACCACAAUGGUCUAUUGUACGCAGCCUUACCCUGCAUUUCUAUAAGAGGCUGUUUUUACGGCUUGAAUUCAUUACCUCCUGGUUAUGUGUCAACAACUUUACGCCAAGGCUCCCCCUUCCUUUUCCUCAUUAUGAAUUGAUUAUGGAAAAGGACUUCAAAGUAAACAUAUAGUAAUCGGUAUAACUAGGUAGACUAUUAUUAAUCACAGUUGCUUAAUGUACAUAUAUCUGAUGAACUUGAUUAU